UAAAAUUGAGAUCGGCGGAAUUUGAGCUCAGAACAUAAAAGACCAGAAGAAACACUGCAUGGCCUAAAUAAUUGCUAUUAAUUUUAGUACGAUGCUAUAAUUUCGUUUCGGUACUUAAAGCAAACCAAUGCAUGUUUUAUACAUUCCCCAUUACAGGUUAUCGACAAGGGAACCUGUUUUCAUGGAUGUUUGUGGGGACAGAUAUUCUCUUGUUUGAAAUUAUUGACUUUUCUUGGUGAAUUUCUACUUGUGUAUCAAAACUGAUGAAGAAAGGACUAUAUGGAAGAUAACGAGUGAGAGUAAAUCAUUAUCAGAUGACAUCUGCUUCACAGGAUUUUUACAUAAGCAACGUCAUUGGAAUGGAAAGUCUUUUGAAGACUGAGCAAAAAAGAUGUUAUACAAAACACGUAUAACCCUGUUUCUAUAAAUAUUUACUGAAUUACUGCAAAAUAUAUCUUCUGAACUCUGACAUAUAUGUAGCAAAAUUUCUCUUCUUUAUUGUCUGGAAUACACAGAAAAUUAUAUUUGCAUAUUAAUUAAUCGUUUAGCAUUAAACCUGGCCGUAUCAGUCCCAAACGUUCAAGCUAUUUUACGUUAAAACUGCCCACAUCUGGCCUCUUCCACUCACCCUGCAAUGUCAUUCUAAACAUAAGGAAUCACAUCAUUGAAAUCUUAAAGCAAUAAGAUAAUAAAUGAUUAAUUCAGAAGAAUUUGAAUAAAUAAUCAUUACAUUUGACAGAGUAAUCUGAAUGUUAAUGAGUUAAAGCAAUUAAGAAGUCAGUUUGCAGCAUCUUCAGAUAUUAACAAAGAUCACUUUUGAUGGAGAUAUACCAGUAGAAAUAUUUAUUAAGAGUAAUAUACGAGAAGAAGGAAAACAUUUGUGUACUGUGACGAGAGAAAGGAAAAUGAUGGAAAAUGAAUUAUAUCUGAGUGAAGUUAAAUGUAAAAGAGAGUCUGAAGAAAUUGACUUUUCUGAUGAGGAAAAGAAUGAAAAGGGCAAAACAGCAUUUGAGUGUGAUAUCUGUGGUAAAAUAUUAUCUCAGAAAGGUAGCUUAGUUAUUCACCGACGUAUUCAUACAGGAGAGAAGUCAUAUCACUGUGACGUUUGUGGUAAAUCAUUUUUUGAUACUCAUCAUUUAACUAUUCACAAACGCAUUCAUACAGGAGUGAAAUCAUAUCGCUGUGAUAUCUGUGGUAAAUCCUUCUCUCAAAGUUAUAACUUAACUAGGCACAAAUACAUUCAUACAGGAGAAAAACGAUAUCACUGUGAUAUCUGUGGUAAAUCCUUCUCUGAAAUUAGUAAAGUAACUAUUCACAAGCGUGUUCAUACAGGAGAAAAACCAUGUCACUGUGAUAUUUGUGGUAAAUCAUUCUUUGAUAAAAGUUACUUAACUAGACACAUACGUAUUCACACAGGUGAAAAGCCAUAUCAGUGUGAUAUCUGUGGUAAAUCUUUCUCUGAAACUAGUCCCUUAACUAUGCACAAGCGUACUGUUCACACAGGAGAAAAACCACAUCGCUGUGAAAUCUGUGGUAAAUCAUUCUCUCAAAAUAAUGCCUUGACUAUUCACAAACGCAUUCAUACAGGAGAGAAGCCAUAUACAUGUGAUAUCUGUGGUAAAUCGUUCUCCAGAAGCUAUGCCUUACCUCGUCACAGACGCAUUCAUACUGAAGUGAAGCCAUAUCAUUGUGAUAUCUGUGCUGAAUCAUUCUCUGAAAGUGGUAGCUUAACUAAGCACAAGCGUAUUCAUACUGAAGAGAAACCAUAUCAUUGUGAUAUCUGUGGUGAAUCAUUCUCCGAUGGACACAAGUUAACUGUUCACAAAUACAGUCAUUCAGGCGUGAAGCCAUAUCACUGUGAAAUCUGUGGUAAAUCAUUCUCUGACAAUGGUCACUUAACCAAGCACAGGCGUGUUCAUACAGGUGAGAAGCCAUAUCAUUGUGAUAUCUGUGGUAAAUCUUUCUCUGAAACUGGUAGUGUAACUAACCACAAACGUGUUCAUACAGGUGAGAAGCCAUAUCAUUGUGAUACCUGUGGUAAAUCAUUCUCUACAUCCAGUAUCUUAUGUAAGCACAGACGCAUUCAUACUCCUGAGAAGCAAUAUCACUGUGAUAUCUGCGGUAAAUCUUUCACUGAAUCUGGUAGUGUGACAAAUCACAAACGUAUUCAUACAGGUGAGAAGCCAUAUCACUGUGAAAUCUGUGGUAAAUCUUUCACUGAAUCAGGUAGUGUAACUACUCACAUGCGUGUUCAUACAGGAGAGAAGCCAUACCAUUGUGAUAUCUGUGGUAAAUCCUUCUCUACAUGCAGUGUCUUAACCAGGCACAAGCGUGUUCAUACAGGAGAAAAACCAUAUCACUGUGAUAUCUGUGGUAAAUCUUUCUCUGGUAGUAUAACUACUCACCAGCGCAUUCAUUCAGGCGUGAAGCCAUAUCAUUGUGAUAUCUGUGGUAAAUCAUUCUCUCGAAAUUAUCACUUGACUCUGCACAGACGCAUUCAUACAAGAGAAGUCAUAUCACUGUAAUGCCUGUGGUAAAUCAUUUUCUCAAAAUAGUCAGCUGACUAGACACAGACGCAUUCAUACAAGAGAAGUCAUAUCACUGUAAUGCCUGUAAGAAUCGUUUUCUGAAAUAGCACGUUAACUGGUCACAAACGUUUACAUACAGAGGACAUUUGGCAAAUGAUUUACUCAUAAAAGCAGCUUAACUUCUAACAAGAGCAUUCAUAUGACAGACAAACCGCUCCAGUGGUCUGUCAUCGUUGUUUUCCUCUCCAUUUUUGCCAUUCUCUCAUGGGUCAGAAGGAAUUUGUUGAGGUGAAUUUUUGCUGUCCAGAUGCUCUUCCUGUUGCCAACCUUCACCUGUUUCAAACUAAAAUAUUUCCCCGUGACCUGACAUGUUUUUGUGGCAGAUUGGCGAUGGACAUUGCUUGCAUGGCAGUGACACCCACAACUAUCACACAGUCUCAAGGCAAGGAUAUAGUAACACGCACACACACAUUCAUAAGCCCCUCACACUUCUAUGAAACAUCCCCCUCUAUCCUCUGUACCACUAAUAUUCCCCCACCACCACUACCUUUUGUGUAUGUCCUCAUACAUCUCCAUCACCAUCCAUUUCUCUCUAUAUAUCUAUCAUUCUCUCCUUUCUUUUCCUACUGGAAUCGUCAGGUUUCUCCUCUAUAGUAAGACACUCGUCUUUCUCCUGCUGUUAUACAUCAACCUCCCAACUGA